AUGACAUACCGGUACGCUCCACUGCACGGACACAUCUGUAUAUGCCUAGCAUGCUUACCACUAACGCUAGUAUUCAUGCUGUGGCUACUCUGCAAAAACAGUGCUGAAUCUUUAAACAUAAUACCAAUGCUACAGAAUCACCACCCCAAGUCCGUUAUCAAGCAUGACACAUGUUCAAGUAGCUUAAGGAACAUCCUUACUCUAUCUCCCAGAUCCAUUCCGCACUUCAUUUUCGCCGAAUUAUUUAUAAGUCUCCGCUUACGAUGA